AUGGGGACAAAAGACCGGCUUGAGAAAUUGGCAAUUACAAACGAAUUGGAAAUUGGAAACAUUGGAGAUAACGGAAAACGGAACUACAACACUACUGUCCAUGAUGGGUCAAUUGUUUUUAUUGAAUAUAAGAUGUACGAUGAGACCGACGACGACGAUAACACUAAUGACGACUAUAAUGAGACUAUUGAGAUUAAUGAAGAUGAUGAAGAUGACGACGACAACAACGAUGAUGGAAAUGACGACGACAACGACGAUGGUGGAAAUGAUGACGACAACGACGAUGAUGGAAAUGACGACGAAAACGAUGAAGAUAAAGACGGCGACGAUGAUGACAACGACGACGUACACAGCAGAUCUCCAGAGCGGACUACACCAACAACAGUGCAACUCCAUCACCGAUCCUCACUGAUCGAUGCGAUGGACCUGGCCGUCGAUCGCAGGAUUGAAGCUUUCUGCGGACCAAUGCAACUACGGCAUAAACUUGCACUUCAUAUCCAGUCAUCUCCAGAGAUCAAUAUUCUCCCGCCCAAGUAUGGUGGAGUGAACACUAUCCCGCAAGUGCAGUCAAAAAUGACAGAAAUCCCAAGUAUACCUGCGCGCAGAUCACUUUGGAAGAGGUCCAAAAGACGCGUCUGGAAAUGUUUCGUGAACGUGGCACGUAGAAUAUGUUUCUGCCAAAGUAUUGUGAACGUGGAAUAA